AUGGGUUCGUCCGGCAAGAGCAAGCGGACGGGGUCAAAGAGCCGGGGGACGCGGCUGCACAAGCGGGGGCGGGUGGCCAAGUUCACUGCCCGACACGUGGACCAGGUGUGGGAGGACGUGCGCAAGGAGGGCGGCGUGCACGACGGCGCAGUGGGCCCGCUGGGCACCACCGACAGGGUGGAACUGGAUGAGGACCUGCCUGCUCGGGGCCAGCACUUUUGCAUCGCCUGCUCCCGUUACUUCAUCACACAAGCGGCGCUGAGGACGCACGAGAGGAGCAAGCCGCACCGGAGGCGCGUCAAGGAGCUGCUAGGGGCGCGGCCGCACAACCAGGGGGACGCAGAGUGGGCGGCAGGCGUGGGCGCACCAGACAACGGACAGCGAGGCAGCGGAGCGGCAACCAUGGCCAGCGAUUAG